AUGGAAGCUUCAAAUAUAAAUGGAGAUGAACUAGUAUCAAUUUUUGAUAAGAAAUGUACAAUGUCUGCUAAGGAAGCUCCUACAUCUGGACCUCAUUCUAUAACGAUUUGUAAAUCUGAGUCAGGGUUUGGUUUUAAUGUAAAAGGUCAAGUGAGCGAAGGAGGUCAACUACGUUUUUAUUGCGGCCAGUUAUAUGCACCACUACAGCAUGUUAGUGCCGUGUUGCAUGGUGGGGCAGCUUACAAGGCUGGAUUACGUCAAGGCGAUCGGAUUGUUGAAGUGGAAAAAUUUCGGAAUACUGAACAGAACGCAAAUGGGUCAAACCAUAUGUCAUUCGAAAGAGCUCGUCGAGUUGAGUCGAACGGUGAAAAAAUUUUCGUGCGGACUCAUACAGGGGCUGAGAUACAGGUCCCCGAAAAUCGAAAAACCAUAGGGGGGACCAAGCUGUUUUUGGGGGUGAAAAAUUCGAAUAUGCAAAUGAUAGCUCAUUUGAAAGAGCUCGUCGAGCUGAGUCGAAUGACGCCAAAAUCAACGAAAUCCGACUUCAUAUGGCCGAGUUACAGACCCCCGAAAUUUGGAAAUUUUUGGGGUCAAAAAAAUUCGAAUAUGUAA